UGUUUCCCCGGGCAGCUCUACAGACAUGGAUGUGCUCCAGAAGGUAGAAAAGAUCGGAGAGGGGACCUACGGGGUAGUCUAUAAGGCCAAGAACAAAGUGACUGGGCAGCUCGUGGCCCUCAAGAAGAUCAGGCUGGAUCUGGAAACCGAGGGGGUACCCAGCACUGCCAUCAGGGAGAUUACCUUGCUGAAAGAACUGAAGCACCCCAAUAUCAUCAAACUGCUGGAUGUGAUCCACAGAGAGAAGAAACUGUAUAUGGUGUUUGAGUUCCUCACUCAGGACCUGAAGAAGCACAUGGACUCCUCCCCCACCUCAGAGCUCCCUCCGCAUGUAGUAAAGAGCUACCUCUCCCAGCUGCUGCAAGGGGUGAGCUUCUGCCACUCCCACCGGGUCAUUCACCGAGACCUGAAGCCUCAGAACCUGCUCAUCAAUGAGUUUGGGGCCAUCAAACUGGCUGACUUUGGACUGGCUCGGGCCUUUGGGAUUCCCCUGCGCACCUAUACUCAUGAGGUGGUGACACUGUGGUACCGUGCCCCUGAGAUCCUCUUGGGCAGCAAGUUUUAUUCAACAGCUGUGGAUAUCUGGAGCAUUGGUUGCAUCUUUGCAGAGAUGGUGACCGGCAAACCUCUGUUCCCUGGCGAUUCAGAGAUCGACCAGCUCUUUCGGAUCUUUCGCACCCUGGGGACCCCCAGUGAAGCCAUGUGGCCUGGAGUCUCCCAGCUGCCUGACUAUCAGAGGAGCUUCCCCAAAUGGAACAGGAAGGGGCUGGAGGGAAUCGUGCCCAGCCUGGGACCAGAAGGCAAGGACCUGCUCCUGCAACUCCUGCAGUAUGACCCCAGCCAGCGGAUCUCAGCCAAGACUGCCCUGGCCCAUCCCUACUUCUCUACUGAGCACUCCCUAGCUCCCCAACAGUGCACGGUGGAGCAUUUCUACCACUGAGAACAUGUAUGUGGCGCCCACCACCUCACACCCUGCCGGCUGCC